AUGUUUCUUUUAAAGAAAUUUUCUUUUUUUUACUUCAUAUUUUUAUUAUAUAAGUUUAUAAAAGGACAUCAUAUUAGUCUUGUAAAUGACGAAUAUUAUGUCGUAAAUAGUCCAAUUUUUUGUAUUAGAGAGAGUUUUAUGUACUUCCGUAAUGAAGUAUAUAGAGUUUGCGUUAAUAGUAACGAAGAUGAAGAUUUUAAUAUACAUAUAUAUGUACAAAAAAGAAAGGGGAACUCAUGGGAAAUUGAAGACGAAUUGCUUAAAGGCAAAAAAAAAAAAUCCUUUAUUAGUUUUUUCAGUUAUGUUUAUGACGAAGAAAUAAUAAUUAUAUUAUGUGAUUUUGAGGGUUAUGGAAAAAAUAAAAAGAUUAAUUGCUUUCGCUCGCAUAGUAGUACAGGAGUUGAUUUUACCACAGAAAAUAUAAAUGUACCACAUGACAUAUUCAAUAACAAAGAUUUAUCAUAUUAUUCGUCGUUUCCUUAUGAAUUUAACGGGGAAAAAUAUUUGUUAAUUUGUGGUAUAAUUAAUUACAUAUUUAAAUCAUAUGAAGGUGAUUUUAUUGGUUGUGCUGCCAGUAGUGACAAAGGUUCAACUUGGAAUACCAAAUUUCACUUUCGUUAUGAUGGCACUAAACAUUUUACCUCAUAUUUUUUAUUAAAAGUUAAAAUAUUUAAUAACAAACUGGCAUUUUUUUUUCAUUAUGCUAGUACAUCAGAAGAAAGUGGUAAAUAUAUAGAGUGUAGUAAUAAAAGCAAUAAUGAUUUUUAUUGUGAAGAUGUUCAUUUUGAUAAGGAAAAAUCAUUACGAAGUGUUAUUAAAUUAAAUGAUUAUUUCAUUACAAGCUUCGUAAAUAAAAACGAUAGAAAAGCAUGUUAUUUAUAUUACACAAAUGAAAAUUCUUUUUUGAUUAAGCCAAAAAAUACUGGCGAUGAAUUAAGUGGGUGCUAUCGAGCCUCUUUUAUAAAAAUACAUGACAAUAAAAUUAUGUUUGUGCAUCUAUCUGGAUAUGGAGUUUACAAUAUUUAUACAUUUAGAUACCUUAAUUAUAAAUAA